AUGAGCGCGGACGACGAAGCCCGCCGCAAGCGCGAGCGCCCGCGGAUCUCCCCCGAAACCCUCGUCGCGCAUAUCGACGAGCACUUCGCGCUGGACGGCGGCGCGCUCGACGUCGGCUCCGUGGUGGAACAAAACUCGUACGACGAUCGAAACUUUUACGCGACUACGACCGGGCCGGGCGCCGCGGCGUACGCGCUCAAGGUGCACAACGGCGUGGAGUCCGAGAUCCCGGCGUUCUUGGAGUGCCAGUGCGCGAUGAUGCGGCACCUGCUCGCGAAGGGCGUGAACACGCCGAGGCCGGUGCGAACGAGAGACGGGAAGGACUGGAGCGUCAUCGAGCUGCCGACGUCCGCGAUGAAUACUUCAUCGGACGACGCCGGCGACGGCGGCGAGGCGACGCCGAAGCCGAAGACGCGCGCGCACGCGGUCCGCGUCAUGACAUGGCUCCCCGGGAUCAUCGCGGAGAGAUCCGACGCGGUGCCGCAUCUCCCCGCGUUCCUCUUCCGCGUCGGCGCGUUCGUCGGGACGGUGUCCGCGGCGCUGACGGACUUUUAUCAUCCGGGCGCGCGGCGAGACCACCUCUGGGACAACGUCAACGCGCUCCACGUCCGCGGGUUACUGCGCGCGGUGGACGACGAGGGCAAGCGCGCGCUCGUGGAGCGCGCGCUGGAGGACUUCGAGGAGAAGGCGCUGCGUCGCCGCGACGCGUUCAGGGUGGGCGUCGCGCACAACGACGCGAACGACAACAACAUUCUCGUCGCCGACGACGACGGCGGCGGCGCGGACGACGCGAGCCCGCGGCCCGUCGUCGGUCUCCUCGACUUCGGCGACGUCGUCGAGACUUGGGUCGUGAACGAGAUCGCCAUCUCCGCAGCGUACUUCGCGCUCGGGAAGGACGAUCCGAUCGCCGCGGUGGCGGAGAUGGUGCGCGGGUACGUCUCCGUCUUCCCGCUGACGGACGUUGAGCUCGCCGCGACGCCGACGCUCGUGCGCGCGAGGCUCGCGUGCUCGUGCGUCUGCGGCGCGUACAGCGCGAUGGAAGACCCGGGCAACGCGGCGUACUUGCUCCUGCACGCGGGUCCGGGGUGGGAGACGUUGAUGAAGCUCACGGACGCGGGGGACGACGCGUUGUUACGCGCCGUCGACGCCGCCGCGCGACGAGACACGCGCGUUCCGUCGUCGAUUCGUCGAGACGAAUGA